AUGAAAUUUCUGAGCAGCUUAUUGCUCGCCUUUUCUGAUGCCUCUGGGACCGAAUAUCCGCGGGGAAAUACAAUCAAACUGGGACGGGUAGACAGUCUUCGAAAGCAAUUUAAAUCCAAGGGCAUUGACUACUCCCAUGAAGAUUAUGCUAACUCCCUCCAACAUAAAUUCCUCGGCGACGGGCACAGCGAGCCGAUUAUCAAUUACAUGGACGCCCAGUACUACGGCACAAUCCACAUUGGAACUCCUCCUCAGGAAUUCUCCGUGAUCUUCGACACGGGUUCUUCCAACUUGUGGGUUCCCUCGACCAAAUGCAAGUUUACGAACGUCGCCUGCUUGCUUCAUCGAAAGUAUGAUUCCCAAUCCUCCACUUCUUGGAAAGCUGAUGGUCAGGAAUUUGCCAUUCAGUACGGAUCUGGCUCACUCUCUGGCUUCUGUUCUUUGGACGCUGUAGAAGUCGCAGGCGUUUGGGUCCAGGACCAGAAAUUUGCAGAAGCUGUUGAGGAACCCGGCAUAACUUUCGUCGCCGCGAAAUUUGACGGAAUCAUGGGACUUGGCUACCCUUCGAUUGCUGUCAACAAGAUUACGCCUCCCGUGAACAACAUGAUCGAGCAGGGACUUUUGAGCGAUGGCAUGUUUGCCUUCUUUUUGAACAGAACAGCUAAUGCUGAAGAUGGCGGAGAACUGACCAUUGGUGGAGUUGAUAAUUCCCGAUUUACAGGCGAUUUUGCGUGGAACGACGUCACUCGACAAGCCUACUGGCAGAUCAAAAUGGACAACUUCGAGGUCCAGGGCAAAGGCGUCUCAGCUUGUGGGGGAAACGAAAACGGCUGCCAAGUGAUUGUUGAUUCCGGAACCUCUCUUCUUGCUGUCCCGAAGAAUCUCGCUGAAGAAAUCAACCAUGCUAUCGGAGCUUUCCAGUUCGCUAAUGGAGAGUGGAUUGUCCCCUGCCGUCAUAUGGAUAUCAUGCCAGAUAUUGACUUCACUCUCAAUGGAAAAGUCUACACUCUGACUCCUGAAGAUUAUGUCAUGAAACUCAGCGCAGAAGGUCAAGAACAGUGUAUCUCCGGCUUUAUGGGCAUGGACAUUCCACCACCCGCUGGGCCUCUUUGGAUCCUGGGCGAUGUCUUUAUGGGCAAAUAUUACACUGCUUUUGACUUCGACAACAACCGUGUUGGAUUCGCUGACCUUGCCUAA